AUGGUCGAAAAAAUACCAUCAUUUUAGGAAUUAGUCAUUAAUUUUGAAAAUAAAUCUUUUCUUUUGGCAUUAUCAAAUUGCUCAAGUUAAGUUUACAAAAUUUACUUAAAUUGGUAAAGCAAAACUCUAUUAUUUUAUUUUUGUAUUAAAGGCAAAUUGUUUGGUGAUAUAACAUCUUUAUUUUCAGUUUUAGAUUCUUUUUUCAGUUUUCAAUAAUCAGAAUGCUUAUUAAUUUAUUCGAAAUAAGGGGAUUCACUUGAUGAUGACCUUAUUGAAGAAAAUUCAAAUAAUUUAAUAUCAUCCUACUUAAAAAAUCAAAAUAAAAAAUCUAUUGGGCUAAACCUAAUCACUUAAAUUUAGUUUAAAAUUCAACCUAAUUUAGAAAAGUUCUUUUCAUUUCUUGAAAACCCCAAAAAGGAAUUUGACCUUAAAUUUAAUGCUCUUUUUGAAAACGGAUUUGAAUUUAAAAGUGAAAAGUAUAAAUACAACGCAAAGUAAUUUUAGGGUUCACUUUACUUUUAUUUAUAAGGCAUUUAACAAUAAAUAAAUUUUAAAAUAUAUUUAAGUUUAAAGUAUGUAACUCAAAAUUGGGGUGAAUUGAAUUUUUAAGGUGAAGUAAAUGGCUCUCAAAUAACAAGCUUUAAAGGGGGCUUGGAAUUAGAAUACAAAAAUGCUUUUGGGGUGAAUGAUUGGGAUAUAAAGUGAACAGCAAAUUUAAUUUAUGAAAAUCAAAAUCUAAGUUUUUCUACUCAAAUAACAACUGAAAUAAAGGGUUUUGCCGCUGAAUUGCGCCUUAAUCUUUCUAAUUUUAAGCCUGUUGGUUUAGGAAUUAUGCUAUAAAAUAUUAAUUUAAGAAAAAUUUUAAGAUUUUUCAAUCUAGAAGAGAAGAUUCCUUCAGAAUUUCUGAAUUACAUUCCAAAUAUAUAGAAAUUAGGGGUUAUAUUUGGAGAAAUGCCUGAUGAUUAUAAGAAAUCAAUAUUACCAGAAAAAUUAUAUAAUUUGGUAAAUUCUAAAUCAAUCAUUGAUUAGUUAAUAGAAAGAAUCGCUGGUCAAAAUUUGGAAUAAAAGUAUUUUUUGAUCUAAUCUUCUUCCGAUUCAAAACAAUUUAUUUUUGAUUUAGCUUUGUAUUAAAGUGCAAUAGGAAGGAAAUUUUUUUGUAAGGGACAUUUAAAGGUUGAUAUUAGUCCACACCUAUUAAUUGAGAUUUCCCUUGAAACAACAUUCAAUUAAGAUUAAUUUCAAUUUGAUGGAAAAGGAUCUAUAACAAUAUUAGAAGAAAAUUAACUUGAUAUUAGUGCACAUUUUAAACCAAAUUAAUUCGCUUUUCAAUUGGCAAUCAUGAUUUAAAAUUUGAAAUUUGAAUUAGGAUUAGAAGCUAAAUUUGAAAACAAUAUUUAAAUUAAUGCAAACAUAGAAUACGACAUAUAAAAAAAUAAAGGUUGGUAAUAGUAAACAUAUUGUUUCUUUAAAUAUAUUGAAGUAAAAUAAAUAGUACUUAGACUUGAAAUAGAUGAGCAGUAAAUUAAAUGUAAACUUAAAUAUUCUAUCAAGAUUGUUGACUUUAAAUAAUUUGAAGGUGAUUUUGAAAUUAGCUUUGAUAUUAGUGUGAUUCAAAAUUUGAUAUCACUAACAUUUGAAAGAUUUGCAUAAUUUUUCAGUUGCCUCCCUGGAUUCAACUAAAAAACUGAUAAUUUACAAUUUAAGAAAAUGCUAAAUAAGAAUGCAAAUAAGAUAAAAAAUUUUUGUAAGGAUGUAAUGAACACUGAUGUUUCUGAAGAGCUUGAUGCAUUAAGGGAAUAGUUUGAUGAGGAAGAUAAUCAUCUAAUUGAGCCAAAAUCUCAUAAUUCUUAAACACAAAACCCUCAAAAUCCAAAACCUUCAUAAUAGAAUAAAAAUAAAUAGCGUUAACCAUCUUCAUCACCAUCACCCCCAAAAGCUUCAUUAUCAAAACAACAUCAAAAAUCUCCUUAAAAAAAUGAAAACAGUUAGAGUUCAUCAUCUCCCUCAUCUGUACCACCACAAAAAACUCAACUGCCUCCUCCAUUUCAACCUCCACCAAUUAAAACCACUACACCUAUUCAAUUAAUUUAACUACCUCCAUCAACUCAACCUUAACAACAAGAGUUUAAGGAAAAAACAGAUAAAGAAUAGAAUUCUAAAAAAAAUUAAAACAAAAAUGAUAUAUUAAGAUUCUUUCAAAAUCUUAAUGAAUAAGAGAUAAAAAAAAAAAAUAAUAACCCACAAUAAUAAAAUGGUUAAGAUGAACCAAUCUAAAAGAGUCUUUAAAUUGAAAAAUAAGAAUCUGUGAAAAGUAAUCCUGCAAAUGAGAAAAACGAUCCUGAAAAUGAGAAAAAUUAAGAAAGCUGCAGUAUUAUUGAUCUGGAUAUGAUAAAAAGUCUCAAAAAUUGGAGUUUUGAUGAAGACCUAAAAGCUUGUAACGUAUCGAAAUAAUUAAUGUAAGACACAAAAAUUCUUAGCAAAUAAUAACCACGCGGACUUUCAAUAAAUGGGGAACCAAAAAUUUAGUAAUAUGAUUAGUUAUUGAGCUCAGCUGAAGCAGAGAUUGCUUUUGAGUGGAAAAACCAAGAAUAAAAAGAUAUUGUUAGUAUGAAUGGGAGAUUAAUUAUAAGUAAUUAAACUUACACCGAGAGUUUAUUGUUGUAAUUAGGCCAUCUAUUAAUUAAAUUACAAUUUCUUCACUAGAAAUUUGAUAUAAUUUUAUCUGGAAAUUGUAACCCUGUGUUUUUAAAAAAUCAGGAUAUCCCUCUAUCAAUAAAUUUGAUAGAUAAAAUCUUUCAUGGGUUAUAUGGUUAAUUCAAUGAAAAAUUGAUUCCUGUUGAUUUAAACAACAAAUAAUUAAACGAUUUUAUUAUUGUUUUCACAGAAAAUAAGCUUACAAUUUCAGAUUAAUGCAAAAAAGAAUUAAUAAGUGAUGAGAUAAAAAUCGUUUAUAUUUUUGAAAAAGCCAAAAUUUUUAUUUUAGAUGCCAAAAGUGGAGAAAUAAACGAAGUUUCUAUAUCACUUUUGGAAAUAUUAGGUGAAAUUUCAUAAUAGAAAAAGAAGUUAAAUCAAUCAAAGAUUAAAUAAACUAUAAAUACUAGAGAAAUUGAAAAUUUAGAUAUCUAAGAUAUAUCCCACUUAAAUAUUAAAGAGGCUAAUAAUUUGAAAUCACUACUUGAAAUUAGUAAAUAUACUAAAUAUUCUUUAUCUUCGAAAGGAACAACUAUAGACAUCAAAGGAAUAAUUAAAUUUUUCUGUACAAAUGGAACUGCCAAAGACAUUAUGAAAAAAAAAAAUAAAGGAGGGAAAUCUCUUUAUGUGUUCUAAGUAGUUUUAGAUAUGAACUCUUUUUCUAGAGCUUGCUUAAUCAACGUUAUUAUUCCAUUUGUAUAUCAGCUAAUAGAAUUUUGUAAGGAAUGCAAGAUCAUUUGUAAUCUACAUAUUUAUAGUGAUCCUAUCAUUGUUGUAAAAUAAAACUUUUCAACAUUUUGGUCCUAAUAAGAAUAACAAUAAUUAUUAAAUUCCAUUACAAAUUUUAAUGAUAAUAUUUAAAUUGAAUACAACUGUAAUUAGUUAAGGUUUGUUUCAGAUAAUCUAACAAAAUUUAACUCAUAUAAGAAGUACUUAAUAUUUAUAAAUCAUCAAUUAUACAAUUACUCUUACUAAGACCUUUCAAUAUUUAUUAACUAAACCUAAUAAUAAUAAAUAAAGUUAGUAUCUAUUGGAGUAGAUAUCAAUAAGUAAACAAAUCGUUUAAUGGAAGGGAUUUUCCAUUUUCCAUUAAUUGAAUCUAACGAUUUAUAUUAAAUUAUGAACGAUUUAUUUGAAAAGAAAAUUCAAUAGGAUUUAAGAAUCAAAAAAUUUGAGUUCAAGAUUGAUAAUUAAAAAUUUCCAAAUUAAGUUGAACUUGAAUAAUUUUAGUCUAAUGGAUCAAAGUGUAAUUAGUAUUUGAAUAGAUUCUUUAAUUAUGUAUCAAAAAAUGAUUAGAACUAGAAUAACGAAAUCACAUAAAUUUAAAAAUAGUAGAAAUUCAGUUAUGAAUUAAUUUAGAAUAAAUCAAUUACAUAAGUUAAUGAAUGUUCAGCAAUAGCAAUAAAUAAAGAUUCCACAAUUAUCAUAGCUGGAUGUUCUAAUUAAAUAAGAGUAUUUGAAUUCAAAUAAGAUUAGUUGAAAGAAACCUAACUUCUCAGCUAGCAUGAAGGUAAAGUGAAUACAUUAAAUUUCAUGAAAUUAUCCACUCAAUUUGUAUCUGGAAGUUUGGAUAAAUAAAUUAUAAUAUGGAUUAUGAAUCCAGGUAAUUAAUGGGUUUGUUAAUAACAAUUAAUUUAGCAUUCUGAUCAAAUUAGAUGUCUAGUGUUGAAUAAUAACGAAGAUUUGAUUAUUUCUGGAAGUAAUGAUAUGAAAAUUAAAUUUUGGAAAUAAUAUUCAAUGGUCUUGUAAAUAAACUAUAGAAGAUCAUAAAGGAAAUGUAUUGGAUUUGAGUAUAAAUUAACAAUAGAAUAAAGUAAUUUCAUGCGGAUAGGAAUAAUAAAUAUUGAUAAUUGA